GGUUUAUGGGGUUCUAUAACCUCAAGAUUUAGUGCUUGCUAUCACAUGCUCAAUAAGCAUUUGAUGGGUUGCUGAAUGAAUAUGCUGUUCUAUUGUUUUACUCACUUCCAAAUGGUAAGAAUCAAAGGGAAGAAGGUGAAAAUGAUUCGAGCCCCAAGGACUCAGGGCAGAAUAAUUCUUAGUCCCCUCUAGACCACAAGCUGGAGAAGUGAUGGAAUUUAUUCAUCCACUCAUUCAUUCACACCACAACACAGAGAGAUAAGCACAAUGCUAGGGAUUGGCAGUGGCGGCUGUGGGAACACACAGGAGGAGAUAAUUAACUAAGUUUGGGGAUGAAGGAGGCCAGGGAUGUCUUCCUGGAGGCGAGCCUGAAGGGCUCUUGGGGGAACAGACCUUAGGGCUCUAGUCCUCAUGCCAUUUUUCCAGCCUCAAGAGUCAUGCUUGGGGCUUCUUGGAAUCCACAGUCAGCUUCAAUCUGAUGGUUGUGGCUCCCUGGCCUCAACAGAACCCAUCUUGCUCCCCACCUUUUACCCCAACCACUCCCUCCGUUCCUCCUUGCUAUCAGCUGAAUGGUUCCGAGUGAGGCUGGACCGACUGUCGGAAGCAGCCAAGGUGAACACAGACGCAAUGCGCUCAGCCCAGGAGGAGAUUACUGAGUACCGGCGUCAGCUGCAGGCCAGAACCACAGAGCUGGAGGCUCUGAAAAGCACCAAGGAGUCACUGGAGAGGCAGCGCUCUGAGCUGGAGGACCGUCAUCAGGCCGACAUUGCGUCCUACCAGGAAGCCAUUCAGCAGCUGGACACCGAGCUGAGGAACACCAAGUGGGAGAUGGCAGCCCAGCUCCGAGAGUACCAGGACCUGCUCAAUGUUAAGAUGGCUCUGGAUAUUGAGAUUGCAGCUUAUAGACAUGAUGCUAAGUCCUUUUUACUCAUUAUCUCGUUGAAGCCACCCUCUGAGGAAGAGGCCAAAUCCCCAGAGAAGGAAGCCAAGUCCCCUGCAAAGGAAGAGGCCAAAUCCCCAGAGAAGGAAGCCAAGUCCCCUGCAAAGGAAGAGGCCAAAUCCCCAGAGAAGGAAGCCAAGUCCCCUGCAAAGGAAGAGGCCAAAUCCCCAGAGAAGGAAGCCAAGUCCCCUGCAAAGGAAGAGGCCAAAUCCCCAGAGAAGGAAGCCAAGUCCCCUGCAAAGGAAGAGGCCAAAUCCCCAGAGAAGGAAGCCAAGUCCCCUGCAAAGGAAGAGGCCAAAUCCCCAGAGAAGGAAGCCAAGUCCCCUGCAAAGGAAGAGGCCAAAUCCCCAGAGAAGGAAGCCAAGUCCCCUGCAAAGGAAGAGGCCAAAUCCCCAGAGAAGGAAGCCAAGUCCCCUGCAAAGGAAGAGGCCAAAUCCCCAGAGAAGGAAGCCAAGUCCCCUGCAAAGGAAGAGGCCAAAUCCCCAGAGAAGGAAGCCAAGUCCCCUGCAAAGGAAGAGGCCAAAUCCCCAGAGAAGGAAGCCAAGUCCCCUGCAAAGGAAGAGGCCAAGUCCCCAGCUGAGGUCAAGUCCCCAGAGAAGGAAGCCAAGUCCCCUGCAAAGGAAGAGGCCAAGUCCCCAGCUGAGGUCAAGUCCCCAGAGAAGGAAGCCAAGUCCCCUGCAAAGGAAGAGGCCAAGUCCCCAGCUGAGGUCAAGUCCCCAGAGAAGGAAGCCAAGUCCCCUGCAAAGGAAGAGGCCAAGUCCCCAGCUGAGGUCAAGUCCCCAGAGAAGGAAGCCAAGUCCCCUGCAAAGGAAGAGGCCAAGUCCCCAGCUGAGGUCAAGUCCCCAGAGAAGGAAGCCAAGUCCCCUGCAAAGGAAGAGGCCAAGUCCCCAGCUGAGGUCAAGUCCCCAGAGAAGGAAGCCAAGUCCCCUGCAAAGGAAGAGGCCAAGUCACCAGCUGAGGUCAAGUCCCCAGAGAAGGCCAAGUCCCCUGCAAAGGAAGAGGCCAAAUCCCCAGAGAAGGAAGCCAAGUCCCCUGCAAAGGAAGAGGCCAAGUAG